AUGAACGCGACGGGUGCCCCAGGUGCGUCGACGACGUCUGUGGCGAGCGUCAGCAGCAGCGUGAUGAGCGACGACAAAAGGUACGAGGGUGCCUUUGACCUGCUCUCCGGUGAAACACACGAGCAGCUGCGGCAGCUCGCGCCGCUGCUCCACACAACCUUGUCGGCCUUCGUGGCCGCGCUGGAGUACUGGCUCCCGUUUCCACCGACGUGGCUGCUGCUGCUGGGCCCGUUUUUCGUAGGCUCUGUGCAAGCAGUGUGGCCAAAGCUGUCAUCGUGGCUGUCCGUCUGGUACAGCGGCGUUGGACGGUGUUACGCCUCCCGGGUGCUAGUGCACGAGGCACCUAUACACUUGUAUGAUGACGUGAACAGCUUGAAUGAGCUAAUGUUCAACGCCGUUCUUCUUUACGUAUGCGGAACGCUGUGGCGCCAGAAGCCACUGCCAGAGUCGCGGCUGAUCGGCUUGCAGAUGCGUGUGAUACUCAUGGAUCCGUACCGCUGCUACAGCUCCUUCAACUACAAUUCGCCCUUCCGAAUCGCCCACGAGGAUAGGGAUGCGGACGAAAGACAGAACCUGAAAACAGAGACCGUGUCCCGGCUGCGCAUCGUGAAAAUGCCCCUCGACGUGUACCUGCCGGUGCACGUGGACGACAUCGAGCUGUGCUACACGGAGGAGUCUUUUCACAAAAGAGGCUGCCGAGAUCGGUGGACACGGCACAACCUGACGCUGCGGUGCAAAAACUCGACGGAUGCCGGUACGAAGCUGGAUGAAUUUGUGCGACGUGCGCUGGAGGUGUUCGCGGAGGGGGCACCGGGGAAAGAGGACGACGCGCUGCGGUGGUUCUUCGCGUACGGAGGCAAGUCUGACGACAGGGUGUUCUUCAACCAGUACGUGCUGCGCAGCAACAAGGGCUUCGACACGCUAUUCUUCCCGCAGCGCGACGCGACGCUGACGCUGAUCAAUCAAUUCAUGCAGCGGCGCGGCCGGUUCGCCGUGGAGGGGUUCCCGCAGAGGCUGGGGUUCCUUGUGUACGGGCCGCCGGGGACGGGGCGGCACGCGUUCGUGAAGGCGCUCGCGGCGCACACGGGGCGGCACAUCGUGUCUGUGCCACUGUCGAAGCUGCGCACGAACCAGCAGCUGUACGACAUCUUCUUUGCGCGCGAGUUCCAGUCGGAGGGGGGAGACAGCGUGCAGAAGCUGCGCAUGGAGGACGUGAUCUUCUUGUUCGACGACGUGGACGCGGCGGACUCCGUUGUGUGCGCGCGUGCUGCGCGCCGCGUGGUGCAGCGCCGUGCUGCUGCUCGGCUGACUGCGCGCGCGGGGUGGCGCGAGGCCCCGCUGACGAACUGCGUGAUCGAGAUGGACACGUCGUCGUCGCUGCCGGUGAUGCGCGUGGAGGACAACGCGCUGCCGCUUGCGCUGCUGCUGAAGAUUAUGGGUGGCGACGCGUCGAAGAGUGACGGCGCGCCAGCGGUGGGCCGCGGUGGCGGCGGGAGCACGGGCGGGCGGCGGCAGAAGACGGAGGAGACGGCGGCGGCGACAUGUGAAGCGGGCGCGAAGGUUGACGGCGGGCACCUGUUCGGGAUGAACGACGUGCUGCUCGGGGAUAGCAAGGACAAGCUGGACCUUUCGGGGCUGCUGAACGUGCUGGACGGCGUGGUGGACAUGCCUGGGCGGAUGGUUGUGAUGAUCACGGAGCACCCGGAGUGGCUGGACCCUGCACUGAUCCGGCCGGGGCGCUUCAGUGUGCGGCUGCGGUUGGACUACAUGGAAAUGGAGACGCUUGUGCAGAUGCUGGGGCUGUACUACGGCGACGUGGCGCACUCGCGGCGCGGCAGCGGUGCUGGUGCCGAUGGCUGUGCUGUGGGUGCGGGCGUGGACGGCCGUGUGAAGGCGGCUCGCGCGGCGCAGUACCCUGCGGCUGGUGCUGGUGCUGCUGCUGGGUGUGCGGUGCACCGCGAGCUGAGCGAGGUGCAGGUGGCGCGUGUGCGUGGCGUUGUUGCUGCGCUGGAGGCGGAGGCGGAGGCUGCUGCUGCGCGCGAGGUGAGCACGGAUGGUAGCAGCGGCAGCGGCGAGAGCAAAUACCGCUUCCAGGUGACGCCAUGCGAGGUGGAGAUGCUGUGCAUGGAGCAGGACGACCUGGAGGGCUUCCUGAGCCAGCUGGCUGGCCUGGUGCGUGGGACGGUGCAACUUUGA